CGUCAUCAUCCGGUGUGUACCUAGACCCUUAAGUACAAAUGGUGCGGAUAUGCAUGGCGUGAGUGCAAUGUAAGCCCGAUGGAUGGCUGUUGCUGAACGGCGUUAUGAAGAGGUGGAAACGCUCAAACGGGAGCGAUUAAUGAAUGACUGAGCUUGAUCACACACGAACAUCAUAUCUAUACAAGUCUCAACUGUUUUAAAUACAGGAUACUGUGCCAGCUCAAACUAGGUUGUCUCGGAAUUGGAUAGAAUACGGUGAUAGCUACAAUGUAUGAUCCGCAGAGCGGUCAGAUUGAACUGAGCAUCGAAUGAUCAACUUCGACUUGGUACAAGUAUGGCUCGAGUACUGACAUCAAUCGCUCCUCCAGCUUGUAGACGCUGCUUUUACAGAUUCCCACAUUUCGUUGUGUUGGCUACAUAUCCGACCAUUGCAGAAAAUUGCGGACCAGAAUUUACUACUGCUGUCACUCCUGUGGUAGGAAUCAGAGUGAUGCCUUCGUUCGAAUCUCGAGAAAUUGUUGGUAGCUGGCGACUCAGCACCAUCGAGAUGCCGAAGACGAAGGCUGCCCAGCAAGACAUCGUACUCAGGCUUUGUCUGGAAGGCAUAGCUGCGCCGGAAGCAGCGAUUACCACCAUCAAUGCCGAUCGUCACUUACACCUUGAACCGAUCGAUCCAGACGCGGAGGACUUUCAGCAGAUGAAGGAAUCGUGCUGUGACCAACUUGCGCACUGGAAGGAUUUUCUCAGCUCUCCACAGCGCAAGAUUGCUCUUGACCGGGCGGCUGACCAACUGGAAGACAUCAAGUAUAAGCUGGGAAAAGAUGAGUCGUUCAAGUUAGAUGCCUCGGCUCAAGGCUCCUGGCGGCUCCACGUGGACCCACAACUUCCGCUACACGCUUUCUACGUCCAAGAAGUGACAGGUCAAUAUACAAAUGAGCGCCUACAUGCUGGUGGCGAUACUGAAACUGUAUGUAGAUGAUCCAUGCAUCUCGGAAACGCGAACUUGAAGCCUCGCAUCUGUGUGACUCCGAUGCCUGUGGCUCUGGAAGUCACGGGGAUUAACCACAGGCACUCAUGUUCAGCUUGAGGCACGCUCCUUGGUCC